GCAGACAUGGCCCAGGUGAAGGCAGCAGGAGACGCAAUGAGGAACAUCCAGGACUGUGGAGAACUUUACUCUGACAUGGCCACCGUCAGUUCCACGGCAGAUAUUGGAGAGUCUGUGAGGAAGGGACAUCUGUGCGAGACCUCCGUGGCGGUGGGGCUGAGCCGGAGGAGCAGGGUCUACCCCUCCCCUGCCCGGAGGCGCCACCGCACCACCUUCAGCCACAAACAGCUGGAGCAGCUGGAGGUGGCCUUCGGACAAAACCAGUACCCGGACAUCUACUACCGAGAGGAGCUGUCCCGCAUCACCAAGCUGAAUGAGGCUCGAAUACAGGUCUGGUUUCAGAACAGAAGAGCCAAACAGCGUAAACAGGAGCGUGCGUCCCAGAAGGUUCUGUCUGUGGGGGUGAUGCCGGGCCACAGGGCGCUGCUGGGGGGGGUUCACAUCCAGCCGUCCAGCCUCGGCCGGCAGUACUACGCCCCCCAGCCUCUGGCCCACAUCCCCCGCCUGUCGCCCAUGCUCCCCUCAGGGCCGUACCCCCGUCACCCCGGGCCCGUGGGCCAGUGCCCCUGCCCCAGCGUCCCCCCCCAGCCGGCCCCCCAGCUGCAGCACGACGACUGGUACGGCCCGCUGAGGGGGAACCUGCCCUCCUCCAUGUUCUCCCUGGCCUCCAUGCAGCCUCUGGACCCGGCUGCACACUGGAGCUAA